AUGCGUCACGACGGCUCCUCCGUCCCUCGCGGCGACAUGGAGUCGACAAUCACUCUCCUGGGCAGCGCAGAGUGGAAAGAGCACCAGGCGGCGAAAGAGAGACAGCACAAUGCGAUUGGUGGCAACUCUGUGGAAAGCAGCGGUGGUUCUGCUACAGAUGAUGGGACGAAGCCGGCUGUUGGGACUCCGUUGGACGAGCUGCUGGUUGCGGCGCAGGCGGGGGAGGCUGACGGCGUGGCGAAGGCGCUGGCGAAAUUGGAAGCGAGGUCGGAUGUUACAUGGAUCGCUGGGCGUGCCGCUUCUCUCGCGAACGCUUUCUCAGCGGCCUGCCGAAAUGGCCACGUAGGCAUCGCCGAGACGCUGCUCAAAUCUGGAGCGUCCGUUGAAGCUGUGGACGGGGAGGGAGCGACGCCCCUGCUGGCCGCUGCUGACAGUGGCUUCGCCAGCUGCGUGCAGCUCCUGCUAGAAGCUGGCGCUCAUCCUGAUGCCCGGGACAAAGUGGGAGUGACGCCCCUUAUUGCAGCUGCAUACAACGGGCAUAAGGAGGCUCUCUCAGCCCUCGUGCGCCACGGAGCCGCUGUGGACGCGCGGUCGCAUGGAGGCGUCACGCCCCUCAUUGCUGCCGCAGAGGGCCGCCACGCAUGCUGCAUCCGCCUGCUCGUCCAGGCGGGGGCGGACGUGAAUGCACGCACGUCAGAGGGCAAGACAGCUCUGAUGCACGCAGUGGGGCGCAACUCACUGCCGGCAACAGAGGCGCUGCUGGCCGGAGGGGCAGAUGUCAGUGCUGUGGAUGGGGAGGGUUUGUCCGCCUUGCACCACGGCGCUCGCCUUGAUGCUGCUGACUGCGUUGAGCUGCUAUGUGCCAAGGGUGCGAGUAUGACUAAGAGGUGCAAGAAGGGCCGCACAGCUCUCAUGGACGCACCCAAGGGCUCCGCGUCUGCUGCCAUCCUGGAGGAGAAAUGGACGGCGUUGGAAGAGGAGGUGGCGAGGCGGCAACUGGAACUCCUCGAGCUGUUCGCUGAUGAUGCUUCUGAUGCCGCAUCCUCCAAGGCUAACACACCCGCAGCAGCAGGCGCCAAGAGCGGCAAGGACAAAAAGAAGGCAGGGAAAGGCCGGAGCCGAACCCCCAAGGGAAUCGCCUCCCUGACCAGCAAACUGCAGGGGCUGGCAGAAGGGCCAGGCUCGGCGGCAGGCUCGGCAGCAGGUCCGGUGGAUUCAGCAGGUUUGGUGGGCGAUGUGCAGAAUCUGGUGGUGAAGACCCCAGAGUCAUCUAGCCGACCUAGUAUGUCCCCUGUGAGUUCGGUUAUGGACUUUGGUCAGACCACUGAUAGCUCUGGUAUGAGCACUGCGGAAGACGAGGAGGGGGAAGGGGAGGGGGAGGAUGAGGAGAGUGAGUAUGACACAGAGGAUAUUUUUGAGAUCAUGGCGGCUGCUAGCAAGAAGGGCUCUGGUGGGAGUGGUGGCAGGGUUAGUGGCGGGGUUGGGUCUGGUGCUGGGGUUGCGGAUGGUAAUGAUGGCAACCCUGCUUCGUCCACUGGCUCGCCUACUCCCAGUGCGGUGCAGAGCGGUUCCAAUGGAUGCCCCUGCAAGCAGAGCCAGCAGCACGUUGUGGGAAACAGCAGUGAGUUGGCAAGGCGAGUGGCGGAGCUGGAAGCAGAGCUCAGAUCCGCCAGGGCUGCAGCAGAUGCGGCCAGGGCGGCUGCUGCAGCAGAGAGGGCGAGAGCAGCACAGCUGGAACAGCAGCUGAUUAGUGGACGUAAAGCCGCCGAGAUAAUAAGCGCUCGGGACAAAUCGCAGAUCCAGGUUCUGCAGCAAUCCCUCUGCUCCCAAUCCAUCUCUCUUGCAGCAGCCACCGCAUCAGCAGAAGCCUCUCGCCGCGCCCUCGCCUCCUCCCACUCCGACUGGCACUCACAGCUGCAGCGUAUCCGCUGCCAGGCUGUAGCAGCUGCCAUCACUGCUGCUACAGCCAGCUGGCAGGCUUGGGAGAACUCCCAGUUCCGUCCGAACUUGGGCGUUGCUGCCUCAGGGGUUGGUGUUGCAACGAAAACAGCGGCAACAGCAGCGGCGGCGGCGGCGGCGGCGGCGGUGGCGGCUGCAGCUGGUGCUGCGGCAACAGCCAAAGUAGCAGCUACAGCGGGUGGAGAUAAGGCAGGCACAGUUUCAAACAUAUCAAACUCCUCUUACAUUCCGAGCCCGUCUAGCCCUUCUUACGAAGCAAGCUUGACGACAGGCCAUGCAAGUCACUUUGAAGCUGCUGCCACAGCUGUAAACGCUGCCCCUGCUUCCCCUUCACCUUACGGGAUCCUUGAGGUGGCUCUGCUGUGUCAGCAGCUGAGCGAUAGCACUGCUGCUAGCAGAGCCAAUCCAGCGGCAGCUGAAGCAGCAGCAGCAGCAGCAGCAGCAGAGCCUAUGCCACGCCACUCCAGCCACGCGACACCAGGGGUUCAAUACAAGCCCUCAACCACCACUGAGCGAACCGCAGCUACGGCCGCCGACCCAGUCUCUCAUGACCCCAUGCUCUCAUUCAAAGCAUCCCUGCUUGCUGGAAAGACUGGCAGAGCCGCAAAUGGUGCUGGCAUUGCGGUGUCUCGUACUGCAAGGGCUGGUGCAGCCAAGCUUGGAGAUGCUGAUGCUUACCCGGCUUAUCCAGCUGAUGAGGAUGUAUCGUAUCCAGCUGACGCACUCAAGUCAGCUGUCAGUUCUGGGAAGCUCGGCUUAGACUCUAUCUCUCACGACGACGCAGCUGUGUCCCUCAAAGCUUCGUUUAUUUCCGGAAAGCUUCUCAGCAACUGCACACUGGACCGCUCCAGCAGUAUGGAAUUUCUGCAAGGGAUGAAACCAGGGAUGAAAGCAGGUACGCUGGAGCCGCUUUUCUCUUCACCGCACCACCACCAUGAUACAACAGCAAGCAUCAUGCGGAAAAUAGGCUUAUCAGGUCAAGGGGAGGGGAAAUUGUUGGGGAGAGCGAGAAGGGGGGCUGGUGGAGCGGACGCUAUUCCUGAGAGGACCAGCGUGCUUGCUUUUGAGAAGCUGCCCUUCGCUCCCAAGAGUACGGGUGAGGCACAGAAGAAGGCGACUGGAUGGUUCAGCCUUGUUCCCAGCCCUGACGUCGAAUGA